CCCGGAAGCGGCGGUGCCCCUUGGGGAAGAUGGCGCCCUCGGGGCUGAAGGCGGUGGUGGGGGAAAAAAUUUUGAGUGGAGUCAUUCGGAGCGUCAAAAAGGAUGGCGAAUGGAAGGUGCUCAUCAUGGACCACCCAAGCAUGCGCAUUUUGUCAUCCUGCUGCAAGAUGUCAGACAUCCUGGCUGAGGGCAUCACCAUUGUGGAGGACAUCAACAAGCGGCGAGAACCCAUCCCCAGCCUGGAGGCCAUUUAUCUGUUGAGCCCCACGGAGAAGUCGGUGCAGGCCCUGAUCGCAGACUUCCGGGGGACCCCGACCUUCACCUACAAAGCGGCACACAUCUUCUUCACGGACACCUGCCCUGAGCCUCUGUUCAGUGAGCUGGGCCGCUCCCGUCUGGCAAAGGUGGUGAAGACGCUGAAAGAGAUCCACCUUGCCUUCCUCCCCUACGAGGCCCAGGUGUUCUCCCUGGAUGCCCCCCACAGCACCUACAACCUCUACUGCCCCUUCCGGGCAGGGGAGCGGGCACGGCAGCUGGAGGCGCUGGCCCAGCAGAUCGCCACACUUUGCGCCACGCUGCAGGAGUACCCCGCCAUCCGCUACCACAAGGGACCAGAGGACACGGCCCAGCUGGCCCACGCAGUCCUGGCCAAGCUGAAUGCCUUCAAGGCAGACACUCCCAGUCUGGGCGAGGGCCCUGAGAAAACCCGCUCGCAGCUGCUGAUCAUGGACCGGGCCGCCGACCCCGUGUCCCCACUGCUGCAUGAGCUCACGUUCCAGGCCAUGGCCUAUGACUUGCUGGACAUUGAGCAGGACACGUACAGGUAUGAGACCACCGGGCUGAGCGAGGCCUGUGAGAAGGCUGUGCUGCUGGAUGAGGACGAUGAGCUGUGGGUGGAGCUGCGGCACAUGCACAUUGCGGACGUGUCCAAGAAGGUCACGGAGCUCCUGAAGACGUUCUGUGAGAGCAAGAGACUGACCACCGACAAGGCCAACAUCAAAGACCUGUCCCACAUCCUGAAAAAGAUGCCACAAUACCAGAAGGAGCUGAACAAGUACUCCACGCACCUGCACUUAGCUGACGACUGCAUGAAGCGCUUCAAGGGCACGGUGGAGAAGCUGUGCAGUGUGGAGCAGGACCUGGCCCUGGGCUCCGACCCAGAGGGCGAGAAGAUCAAGGACGCCAUGAAGCUGAUCGUGCCCGUGCUGCUGGACGCCGCCGUGCCCGCCUACGACAAGAUCCGGGUCUUGUUGCUCUACAUUCUCCUACGGAAUGGUGUCAGUGAGGAGAACCUGGCCAAGCUGAUCCAGCACGCCAACGUGCAGGCCCACAGCAGCCUCAUCCGGAAUCUGGAGCAGUUGGGGGCCACUGUCACCAACCCCGGGGGCCCUGGGGUCUCCAGCCGGCUGGAGCGGAGGGAGCGCUUGGAGCCCACCUAUCAGCUGUCCCGCUGGACUCCGGUCAUCAAGGAUGUGAUGGAGGAUGCUGUGGAGGACCGGCUGGACCGGAAGCUAUGGCCCUUUGUGUCUGACCCCGCCCCCAUACCAAGCUCUCAGGCUGCAGUCAGUGCCCGCUUCGGCCACUGGCACAAGAACAAGGCUGGUGUGGAGGCCCGGGCGGGGCCCCGGCUCAUCAUCUACAUUUUGGGCGGCGUGGCCAUGUCAGAAAUGAGGGCCGCCUACGAAGUGACCAGGGCCACUGAUGGCAAGUGGGAGGUGCUGAUUGGCUCCUCACACAUCCUCACUCCGACCCGCUUCCUGGACGACCUCAAGAUGCUGGACCAGAAGUUAGAGGACAUUUCCUUGCCUUGACCCUUCCACGCCCACCCUGGCCUGACCCUCCCUUUCCAGAGAAAUAAAGUCCUCCCUUCUGUCCGGG